AUGACAGAAUUUGAUCGCGUGCACCCAUCGACAACGGCCUACAUCGUCGCCACAGCCAUUGUUUCCGGAAUCGCUGGCUACUUUAUCGGCCAAGGUGCGUCGCUAGGACUAUUCUCAACAAAAGAGAAAGAAGGCUGGCCAAAUGGCUAUAAUGUGAAGCCGCACCGAGGCUCUUCGGAUGAGGAAGAUGAUACUGAACAGGAGGAGAGUGAUGAAGAGGAAGGCGAUGGAACUGAACUUGCAAACUUUGAGAACAAUACCGAGGAGGUUAAAUUGGUGCUUGUUGUGAGGACUGAUCUGGGGAUGACGAAGGGCAAAAUCGCUGCCCAGUGUUCACAUGCAACUCUUGCCUGUUACAAAUAUCUCGUUGCGAACCCAUCUACCUCUACGAUCCUGCGUCGCUGGGAACGGCAAGGUCAAGCGAAGAUUGCGCUACAGAUAAAAUCGGAGGAGGAAAUGCAAUUGUUGCAGGCGCAAGCCGUCAGUCUUGGGCUCUGCGCUCGGGUUAUACAAGAUGCUGGACGCACUCAGAUCGCCAGCGGAAGCAGGACGGUGUUGGGUAUCUUAGGGCCAAAAAGUGUAGUUGACACAGUGACGGGCCAUCUGAAGCUGCUUUGA